AUGGGCGGCACUUUAAGCCCGGAGGGGAUGUCGUUGGAUGAUUAUUCACUUAUUCGAGUCCAGGCCCUCCGGGUCUCUUCGGUCCUGUUUCGAGUCGUUUUUUGUCUCCAGGAAGGUGUCGAUGGUUCAGUGUUUCGGCUACCUAUGCACCUUGUCCUCAUCCUGUUCAUAGGCAUAUCAUACGUUGGAGCUGUUGAUCUCGAAUGUUUUAUGGGCCGAAAUCCCGUUGGAUACACGCCACACAUUUAUGAUGUUUGUCAUCGUUAUCGGUUCCAUCAGACUCCGCAAUGUCUCAAAUUUACGCAAGGAAGUGUGGUGACACGAGACUGUGAUCCUUCUUUUCUUUGUGAGGUAAUCACAGUAUUUCCUCGUACUCCUUUCUUCGUUUAUAAUGUUUUUGCCGUACAGUAAUCAUUUCCGUUGCAGCGUUUCAACAUAAAGAACAAAUGCGUCCGAAACCUGGCCCAGGCCAAUCUUUAUGGGGAGAUUUGCUGCUGCUCCACCGAUCUAUGUAAUGGAAGUAUGGCCAUCUCGGCUAAACUUGUAUUGCCCUUAAUUGGCUUCGUUUCUCUGCUCGUUAUCUGA